CUCCCGACAGCAGCUACAGAGUCCGGGCAGCUACAGAGUCGGGGCCCCUUCUGUUUGACGUCACACCGGUGCAAAACUGACACCGCGCGCACUGACUGUGUGGCUCUCCUCUCAUUGCACCCAAACUCGCGCCGGUCGAUGUCUCCUGCGCUCCUCCGCAUCGAGUUCUGAGACUAGAAGUAUAUCAAACAUCAGAGUCAAACUCUGUAGUCCUUACUGUCGGUUCUAGAAGACUUUACCGUUGUUCUGCAUUCUCUCUCUAUCUCUUUGAAAGUUGGAUUAUGAGCGCAGCUCGUUCGGCAGGAUAUAGUCCGUUUUCCAGCGGUUCCUCAGAAGAUGACCAGUGGUGAAACUGAGAUAGGGAACAGCGAAAGGAGGUCGAUGCUGCCAAAGGACAGGUUGAUUGGUCUGUCAGACACUGUCCCUCAUCUUAUGGUGAGAGGUGCUGCCAACCCACAGCUCUCUGCAUCCUCACCCAACAGGACAGGUGGAGUGGUCCCCAGGUAAAGCCCUCCUAUGAGGUGAGGUUAAGGUGACCCCUGACCCCGCUCACACAGCGCCCCUCCACCAGGCAGCAGGACUAAGGGAUGUCACGGGGCUUCCUGCUGCUCACACUGCUCACAGUCUUCUCCAGCAUCCAAGUGUCCCCAGCUAAGCCAUUAAAGGCGUUGAUGCAGAGAUGGGUGAUGUACACGGAGGAGUGUAGCCGCAAUCACAGCAGAGAACCGCCGCUCACUGGUGUUGUGUGUAACAGGACCUUUGACAUGUAUGCCUGCUGGCCCGAUGGACUCGCCAACACUACUGUCAGUGUGUCCUGUCCCUGGUACCUGCCCUGGCACCACAAAGUCCAGCAUGGUUCGGUGUACAGGGAGUGUGACGCGGACGGCCACUGGGUUCCCCAGAAGAACACGAGCGAGUGUGAUGCUAAUGAUCCUGCUCAGCCUCACUAUGGUCAGAUCCUCAAGAAGUUCCGGACCAUGUACACCGUGGGCUACUCUCUGUCUCUGGGGGCUCUGGUGUUAGCACUCGGAAUCCUGAUCACUUUCAGGAAGCUCCACUGUAUGAGGAACAACAUCCACAUGAACCUGUUUGCAUCCUUCAUCCUGCGUGCUCUGUCCAUCCUGAUAAAGGACGCCAUGUUGGAGGCUCCCAGCGUCAACAUCGGACAGGACCAGGAUGUUACAGACUAUGAGGUGGAGUGGCUCGUCAACAACGAGACGGCGGUGGGGUGUCGUAUCGCCGUGGUGAUGAUGCAGUACAGUAUCAUGGCUAACAGCUAUUGGCUGCUGGUGGAAGGCAUCUACCUCCACAACCUGCUGGUCAUCACCGUGUUCACUGAGAGAAACUACUUCAACAUCUACCUGUGUAUCGGCUGGGGUGCCCCUCUGAUCUUCCUGGUGCCCUGGGUGAUGGUGAAAUACCUGUAUGAAAAUGAGGAGUGCUGGGAGCAGAAUAUCAACAUGCAGUACUGGUGGAUCAUACGGUCACCUAUACUGCUAGCAGUUGUGAUUAACUUCCUGAUCUUCAUCCACAUAAUAAAGAUCCUGGUGUCCAAACUGAGGGCUCACCAGAUGAGAUACUCCGACUACAAGUUCCGGUUGGCUAAGUCUACCCUAACCCUGAUCCCUCUACUAGGGAUACACUUGGUGGUGUUUGUCUUCGUGACGGAUGAGUCCACCAAGGCCACCAUCACCCUGCGUCUCACCAAACUCUUCAUCGACCUCUUCUUCACCUCCUUCCAGGGUCUUCUGGUAGCUAUCUUAUACUGCUUUGUCAACAAAGAGGUCCAGUCAGAGAUCCUGAAGAAGUGGAAGCGUUGGAAGCUGGGUCGUAACAUCGAGGAGGAGUACCGCCACACCUAUAGCCAGACGCCCCACCUCAACACUAAGAGCAGCAGCCUGCUGGGUCACGGGCACGCUCACGGGGGUCACGACCCCUCGCACCCCUCCUCAAUGCUCCUCCACCCCCACCUCCCCGACAUCACCACCUCCUCCCCUGCUCCCCCUGGCCAGGGCCCAGGCUGCUCCCCAGAGGAGAAGCACCUCCUGGUGGUGAGCUGUCAGAAUGGCAUGGGGCGGAGCAGGAAGAACACAGGGUCGUCCAUGCAGUUUCCCUCCCUACCACGUGAGGGCACCAUCAGCUGUAGUCACACACUGAUAGAGGAUCAUAUGGAUGAAAUCUGCUUGACGGACAGGGUGUCAGAGUGUUACGAGGCUCCUAGAGGAAAUGCAGAGAGCCACCUCUGAGACUGGGGAGGACGGGGAAGAUUAAUGACGUAACACCCUGGUAACUACAGUAGAGACUGGAGCGGACGGGGAAGAUUAAUGACGUAACACCCUGGUAACUACAGCAGAGACUGGGAGAGGACGGGGAAGAUUAAUGACGUAACACCCUGGUAACUACAGCAGAGACUGGAGAGGACGGGGAAGAUUAAUGAUGUAACACCCUGGUAACUACAGCAGAGACUGGAGAGGACGGGGAAGAUUAAUGACGUAACACCCUGGUAACUACAGCAGAGACUGGAGAGGACGGGGAAGAUUAAUAACGUAACACCCUGGUAACUACAGCAGAGACUGGAGAGGACGGGGAAGAUUAAUGACGUAACACCCUGGUAACUACAGCAGAGACUGGAGAGGACGGGGAGGAUUAAUGACGUAACACCCUGGUAACACUCUGGAGCUGGGCAGUGUGUUUCAGGAGAGGUGUGUUUCUCAAUGGCCGUCACCCUGGACCUAUGUUAAUGAUCGAGAUGGCCUUGACAGACCCAGGACCCGUGUGUGUCUCAAUGUUCGUAUCGUCACCCUGAAACAGUGUUAGUGGGAGAGAGAGACACCUACUCGAUCCUCUCCAUUCCACAGCAAAAUGAGAGAAACAUAGAACAAGCUAGACCUACCAUGUUGGACCCCUCUGACCCAGACCAGCCCUCCCAUGUUGAACACCUCUGACCCAGACCAGCCCUCCCAUGUUGGACCCCUCUGACCCAGACCAGACCUCCCAUGUUGGGACCCUCUGACCCAGACCUCCCAUGUUGGACCCCUCUGACCCAGACCAGACCUCCCAUGUUGGACCCCUCUGACCCAGACCUCCCAUGUUAGACCCCUCUGACCCAGACCAGACCUCCCAUGUUGGACCCCUCUGACCCAGACCAGACCUCCCAUGUUGGACCCCUCUGACCCAGACCAGACCUCCCAUGUUGGACCCCUCUGACCCAGACCAGACCUCCCAUGUUGGACCCCUCUGACCCAGACCAGCCCUCCCAUGUUGGACCCCUCUGACCCAGACCAGACCUCCCAUGUUGGACCCCUCUGACCCAGACCAGACCUCCCAUGUUGGACCCCUCUGACCCAGACCAGCCCUCCCAUGUUGGACCCCUCUGACUCAGCCCUCCCAUGUUGGACCCCUCUGACCCAGACCUCCCAUGUUGGACCCCUCUGACCCAGACCUCCCAUGUUGGACCCCUCUGACCCAGACCAGACCUCCCAUGUUGGACCCCUCUGACCCAGACCUCCCAUGUUGGACCCCUCUGACCCAGACCAGACCUCCCAUGUUGGACCCCUCUGACCCAGCCCUCCCAUGUUGGACCCCUCUGACCCAGACCUCCCAUGUUGGACCCCUCUGACCCAGACCUCCCAUGUUGGACCCCUCUGACCCAGACCAGACCUCCCAUGUUGGACCUCCCAUGUUGGACCCCUCUGACCCAGACUCACUGUUGCAGGACUCACUGUUGCAGGACUCACUGCUGCAGGACUCACUGCUGCAGGACUCACUGCUGCAGGACUCACUACUGCAGGACUCACUGUUGCAGGACUCACUACUGCAGGACUCACUGUUGCAGGACUCACUGCUGCAGGACUCACUACUGCAGGACUCACUGCUGCAGGACUCACUGUUGCAGGACUCACUGCUGCAGGACUCACUGUAGCAGGACUUACUGUUGCAGGACUCACUACUGCAGGACUCACUGUUGCAGGACUCACUGUUGCAGGACUCACUGUUGCAGGACUCACUACUGCAGGACUCACUGUUGCAGGACUCACUGUUGCAGGACUCACUGUUGCAGAACUCACUGUUGCAGGACUCACUGUUGCAGGACACACUGCUGCAGGACUCACUGUUGCAGGACUCACUGUUGCAGGACUCACUGCUGCAGGACUCACUGUUGCAGGACUCACUGUUGCAGGACACACUGCUGCAGGACUCACUGUUGCAGGACUCACUGUUGCAGGACUCACUACUGCAGGACUCACUGUUGCAGAACUCACUGUUGCAGGACUCACUGUUGCAGGACUCACUACUGCAGGACUCACUGUUGCAGGACUCACUGCUGCAGGACUCACUGUUGCAGAACUCACUGUUGCAUGUUCACAAAGCCAAAAAGGAGAAGAAUAAAAACAACUUCCAAAGCUAAAUGUGUAAAAUAAUACCCAGAAACCUCAAGUUGCUAAAUACAGGGUCUUAGCUUUA